AUGGCGCGCUCCAGCAUCGGCCUGCGGGCGCUCGAAUUUUUCAACCGCCUGGUCAUAUUCCUCUGCUCCAUUGUCGUCCUCGGCAUCUUCGCCUACUUCCUCGCCAAGCUGCGCAGCGCCAACCUCUAUGUCCCGACUUGGACCCGUGCCGUCACGGGUCUGGCUGGCGCAGCAGCGCUUUACUCUCUCAUCUGCCUCCUACUGCUGUGGUGCGUCGGCGGCCACCCGGUAGCUUUUGCCCUGGCCCUUAUCUUGGACAUUUGCUUCAUCGCUAGCUUCGUCUACAUUGCCGUCGCCAACCGCGGCGGCGCCGGCAGCUGCAAUGGCAGAAACAUUCGCACACCCUUUGGCAACGGAAACGCCGACGUCAACCGCAUCAACAACCAAAAUGGCGUCUCCGUCAACAUCCCUACCUUCCGUGUCUCGUGCCGCCUCGAGAAAGCCUGUCUGGCGGUGUCCAUCGUCGCCAUUGCUUUCUUGCUCUUCACCUUGAUUAGCGGUUUCCUGCUCUUCCGCAGCCACCGUCGUGAAAAGAAGUUUGGCCCUGGCCCGAACAACAACUACACUUCGGGUAGUGGCCGCCGCAAGGGUCUCUUUGGCAAGAAGCGCAAGACCGAAAACGGCCGGGGCGACGGCUACCAAGACCCUAACGCGCUGCCUGCGCACGCGGAGCCGAACCAGAUGCGCGAGAGCUACGCUACCGAGACGACAGCUGUUGGCCACCACGGAUACGGUGACAAUGGCGUUAUCGAUCCUAACAAGACCCAGGAGUACACCAACCGUGCUUACGGCAACAAGGGCUUGGAAACCGGCGCAGCGUUGGGUGGCGCCGCUGCCGUCGGCUCAGGCCUCGCCAACAGGACCAUGCGCAGUGGCAAAAACACCGAGCCAGCGUCCCGUGGUGCCAACUACGCUGAGCCUACCGCCCGCAACGACAACUACGUGGACCCUGUUGCUACCGGCCGCUCUGGCGUGGACCCCAACCUGCAGAGCAGCGUGGACCCUAGCUACCUCCGCGACGGCAGCGGCGGCAUCGCCGAGGCACCUGCGAACGAGGUCCCUUCCAUCCGUGGCACCGGUGUUGACAACUACGACAACAUCCGCACCACCGCUGCUGACCAUACGAACAAGGCAUACAACACGGCCCGUACCACUGGCACCACUGGCACCACUGGCACGUCCAACUUCGCGGGCUCCGGCGAUGCCUCGGCUCUCCGUGGUACUCAAGUCGGCGACUAUGCUGCCGACAACUAUGCCAACGUCCGUGGCCAGACUCCCCAAGUCUCCUCUCUGGGAGGUACGGGCGUUGGUUCUGCUGCCGUAGCCGGCGCUGCUACGGGCGCAGCCACCGGCACUGUCGCUUCGCGCGCUGCUCACCCUGGCUCAACUGUCCAUAACACCGGCACCGACAACUAUAAUGCUCGGGGUACCGGCACCGGCACCGAUAAUUACACCAAUGUCCGUGGUACCGGUACCAACAACUAUGCCGACACUCGUAGUACUGGUACCGAUAACUACAACGCUCGUGGCACCGGCACCGACAACUACACCAAUACUCGUGGCACCGGCACUGACAACUACACCAAUACUCGUGGCACCGGCACCGACAACUAUACUAAUGCUCGUAACGCCGGCACCGAUAACUACAACACUCGUGGCACCGGCACAGACAACUAUGCCGACGCUCGUGGCCAGGCUCCUAACGUCUCCUCUGCAGGAGGCACGGGCAUUGGUUCUAAUACCGUAACUGGCGCUACUACAGGCGCUGCCACAGGCGCUGCCACUGGUUCUGCUACGUCGGGUGCUGCCCACCCUAGCUCUACUGUUUAUAACACCGGUACCGACAACUACAAAACUGGUGGCACCGACAACUACAACACUCGUGGCACCGGUAUCGACAACUACAACACUCGUAACACUGGCACCGACAACUACAACACUCGUGGCACUGGCACCGACAACUACAACACUCAUGGCACCGGCACCGACAACUACACCAACGCUCGCGGCACUGGCACCGAUAACUACACCAACGCUCGUGGCCAGACUCCCCAAGUCUCUUCCGUGGGAGGAACAGGUGUUGGCUCUAGCGCCGCAACCGGCACUUCUACAGGUGCUGCCACCUCGGGUGCUGCUGACCCUAGCUCCACCGUUCGUGGCACCGGCGUCGCUGGUGACUCCGCCAACGCCCGCGGCACCACUGUCGACCCUAACGUAUGGGGCGGUGCCAUUGACCCAGCCACGGGUAACUCGGCCGGCCUCCGAGGCAGCGUCGAAACGGGUGUGCGCGGUCUGAAGGACCAAGUCGUGGGUGCCGCCCGCAAGUAUGGCAACCUGUCGCAAUUUUAA